AUGGUGAAGAUUGGCUACAAGCGUUGUGAUUUUGAUUGCUGUGUUUACACCAAGAGCCUUGGUGAUGGUUCUAUGAUUUUUCUGCUACUUUAUGUUGAUGACAUGCUUAUUGCUGCCAAGAAUAUGCGUGAUAUUAUUGAUCUGAAAAGCCUUUUGAGUCAGGAAUUUGAGAUGAAGGAUUUGGGGGCUGCGAAGAAGAUUCUUGGGAUGGAGAUUCACAGGGAUAGAGGAUCAAAGAAGCUGUGGUUAUCUCAGAAGGGUUAUGUGGAGAAGGUGCUACAGAGGUUUGGGAUGAAUGAAGCAAAACCGGUGAGCACUCCAUUAGCAAACCACUUCAAGCUUUCUGUUGAUCAGUGUCCCAAGUCGGACAAGGAGACUCAGGAUAUGGUGGAGAUACCUUAUGCCAGUGCUGUUGGAUGUCUGAUGUAUGCCAUGGUAUGUACUCGUCCUGAUUUAGCUCAUGCUGUUGGUCAAGUUUGCAAGUAUAUGUCUAGGCCGGGUAAACAGCAUUGGGAGGCAGUCAAAUGGAUUUUCAGAUAUUUGAAAGGUACUGCGGGACAUGGUAUUGUGUUUGGAGAUCAGCGGUUGGAUCCUUUGGUUGUAGGAUAUGUGGAUUCUGAUUAUGCUGGGGACUUGGAUAAUAGGAGAUCUACCACUGGGAUCAUGCAUAUACCUGCUAACAACACCAACUGCUUGUGA